AUGUCCCACGCCCGUAUCAUCUACUUCGAGAAGCUUUCGCCAUCUUCACACCUCGACAUCAUCAUCAUCGCGCAGGAGAAGAGUAAUGGUGUUUUCUUCUACACGACCUCUCUCCUCGCAAUCUACGCGCCGGUCGGCACCAACUACCAAGUACUUUUCUCGACUCGAGAGAGGACUUCUGUUGGAGAUGGGUUGGAGGCUAUGUUGGAGAUCUUGCAGCAGAAGGUGGCCCCUCUCUUGAAGGAACAGAUAAUCGCAGCUGAUAAGGAGUGGUACAACUCUCUUUCCGACCACUCCGGUAAAACUUACCGGGAGUUGUGGCAGGAAUUGGCACCCCCGCCUCGCGCAAAGCAAGUAGCUUCAGCUAACCCUUGA